GUCUCUACCAAACAUAUAGUUUUGUCGUUUGCUGUGAAGGAAGCCGCGACCACCAUGGCCCGCAAGUUGGUGCGCCAAGUACCCAUCAAAUCGGACGGCGAUGUGUUCCAUGAGAUCCUCAAAGAAAGGCCGCAUCACAUCUCUAAUAUGUCCCCGGCUCACAUCCAGGGCUGUGCUUUGCACGAAGGUGACUGGGGCAAAGUCGGCUCCGUCACCUUCUGGAGUUAUACUCAUGAUGGGAAAGAAAAGGUUGCAAAGGCGAUGACAGAAGCAGUAGAUGAGGCAAGCAAGUCGGUGACAUACAAGGUGAUUGAAGGAGAUCUGAUGCAGCUGUACAAGAGCUUCGUCAUCACAGUCCACGGGGACACAAGGGGUAUGAACAACUUGGUCACGUGGACCUUCCAGUACGAGAAGCUCAAUGAUGCCUGCGGAGAUCCAAACUCACUCAUGGACUUAUGCGUUAACGUCACCAAAGAUAUUGAGGCUCACCAUCUCAAGUGAUCUACGAUGUUGCUAUUAUGUAUCUGUAUACAUAAAAGGUUCGAGAGUCCCCCUGUGGCAUGAAAUAAAAGCACCGUACGUGUGUGGUGGAAUAAUAUCGAUAUAUAUAGUCGCUUGCUUCCUCAACCCAUGAUAUGACAUAUGUAUUUUAUGUACUAGCAAAAAUAACAGUAAAGCUACCCGUUUGGGUAAUGUUGAGUCGUAAAACAAUUUCUGGUUUGGGACUUAAUCUGUAUGGCUGAAGUUGUCCUUUCAAGUA